GAUUGACACUUAUCCUAUGACCGGCCCUGGCUUUACUUCCGCAUCGCAGACCGAAAACGAUAAUCAAUAUGCCAUCGUUUUCUUUAAAAAAAUCAGCAAGUAUAUACUUAUAUCAGAUAAUAUUUUUGCAGAUUACUUUAACUUCGAAGAUGGAAAGAAAUUGAUCGAGGUCGCAGAGAAACGUGACGAAAAUGACAGGAGCUGCGCAUGCAAGGGCGCGGCUUGCGUAUGCUGUGUCAACUUUAAUAUAACGUUUGUAGAUCUCGGCGGCCCAGGUUGUGUCCAUAUGAAGUACCUUUCUCCUGACGAUGGAUUUUCUGUCAAUGUGUCGUAUGGCAAGAAUCUUAUUCACAGCGCAAAAAUACAAGGCACGAACCCUGAUCCUAUAUGUCUCGAAGUUAUCGGCAAAUUCGCUCAAGUGUGCGCUAAGUUCAGCGAUAUGGCGCCGACUGCUGAUGGUCUAAGAGGUUGUCUGGAGCUGCAGCCUCGAAUCUUUGGCGACAAGCAGUUGGAGUUCCCUAUCGGCUGCUUUAAGUCAAAGUCCGGAGGAAUGGAAAUGGAAGACCCACCAGCAGAAACAGAAUCUACCACUGAAGACAGCGAAGAUAAUGGUGAAGAAACUCCAGGUUUCAACGCUGAAUCGUUCAUUAUGGAAAUAUAUCAGACAGCUGAACAAGGAGUUGCUUUCCUAUCGAGUCUCUUAGAUUUACCUAAUAAACUUAAUGCUACCAAACCUGCUUCAGAGACAACUACAAUAAAAAACGAUGAAGCUACAUCAGAUAGUUCUCAGAGGAGAGCACCAAAAAGCUUGAAACAUCCGAACCAACUGUGAUAUAAAAAAAAAACAACGAAUUAAGUACAAACCAUCGUUAGCUAACCGCCGUAUGUGAGUGUUGAAAACGCACUGAUCCUAUUUAUUGCUUUAAGUUAUGUAAACGCUUAGUGUAAGUUUUUUUAUCGUAUAAAUAAAUCAGUCAUUUAAUUUGGUUAACAUGUAUUUUCAUUUAAAGUGUAUCUCUCGUAUCAAUCUCGUGAGAAUGGAGGGGACGCAUUCGUUUCCAACAGAUAUACACCAGAACGUCUGAAAUAAGAAAGGACCUCCCAUAUGAAGUUUUCCUGGGAGUAUAUCACACAUUCCGAUAACAGCAGCAGCAUAGUUCACGCAUUGUCUGCCAUUAAAUCCUCCAGAUCUUACAGACUCAGCGAAGUAAAAGUAGCUUCUGGCGUGAUCACAUUCAUUUGAGUCACAGCCAGGCAUAGAUAUUCCACCGUUGGGAUAAAAAUCAACCUGAGCCAACUCCGCUAUGUAGCCAUAAACACCGUAAUUGGUAUGAAUGACCUCUGUGUAAACACCAUCAUUCGGUUGAAAGCGGUAAAUGUUUGUGACCCAACCAAUGAGAGCAGGAUUUAAGCCUAGAAACAAAUUAAUGA